CAGUUCUCUCAGAUCUCUCAGAUGGCUGGCCGAGGAAGAAGGAGAAGAAACGUGCCUAACGUUUCUCAGAGAGUCGUAGGGACGACGCCUGGUCUACGACCUAAUAGUCUACCCAGUCAGUACAACUUCACUCCGGCGGUCCAAGUGCCUCCGACGCAGUCUCCUCAAGUACCACCUGCUAAUUUACAAGCUCAGGCAACGACAGUCCGGGACUAUCCACCGCCUCAGCAACUAUUCCAGAACUCUGGAACUCAACCACGUGGAGUUGAUGCGACUCACUCAGAAGAAGUGGAGAACAACCCACAGCCUCAAGCGACUCCUCAGCAAGAGGCUCCAACCCCACCAAUUGUUCAGGAUUCUCCGGCUCAUAGUGAGGCUCAUCCCUACACGACUUCCUCGCAAGGCAACAACUUCCAGGACGAGAUUCCUCACGAGUUGCCAGAGCUGCAGGAGGACUCGCUGCGGGCAUUGAAUGUGUUGCUUAGUGUGCCUGGUAGGGAACAGUGGACCACCGUGCUCUGUCCCGAUCCCGUGCCAAACACAUCAUGGAAGAGCAACUGGGAAGAGCGGUCAGUCUUGGUGAGGUUUUCAUCAAGACCCAUACUAGGCCAGAUGGUACGUAUGUUGAUCGGAAGGCAGGAGAAAAUAGCAACAACAUACCAGCAGAAUUUGGAACUGAGGUUGUCUCAGCUAGAGGCAGAUGCUUCGAGUGUUUCAGAUGGCGAGUCACGUCCCCGGGAGCUCACAGCAGAGGACUGCACCACCAUCUUUCUGCAGUCCACUGAGGUAGAUUCUAAAGGAAUUCCGUAUGGAAUUGGAAGCCUCAAAGAGACUCUUGGCAAGCGCAAGCGCUAUGGACAGUCUUCAUCUUCAUCUACAUCCUUUCUGGAUCUGCAAGAACAGCUGAAGGAAGCUCAACGCAAGAUAGAAGAGCAGGCAGCAUAUAAUGAAAAGAGAGAUCUUGAGGAAGCUGCCCGUAAAGCUGAGCAAACCCGAGUGGCGGCUGAGCAAAAGGAGAAGCUCGCGCACUUGUCUUUGGUAGAGAAGUAUCUGCGGCAAACCGAUCCGCACUUCCUGGACUUCAUGGCCACUCAUUCAGCUCCUCAAGAAACCACAGACCCUCUCUCGCCUCUUCCUCAAAAUGAUCCAUAGGUUUCUCCUUUUCAUCUCUCUUUUAUCAUGAACAAAAACUUUAUCACUCU